AUGAAGCUGUUCAUCGUCGCCGCCGUGCUAGGAGUGUGCUCCGCAGCCCGUUUGGACAACACCUACCUCCCUCCGAGAGGAGGCGCAGGCUCAGGGUUCGGAGGGGGCAACGGCUUCGGAGCCGGCGGUGCCGGUCGGUUUGGCGGAUCCGGGGGCGCCGGAGGGUUCGGCGGUCCCGGGGGUGCCGGUGGAUUUGGCGGUCCUGUGAGCGCCGGAGGGUUCGGUGGUGCGGGGGGCGCCAGUGGUUUUGGCGGUGCCGGGGGCUACAGCGGCGGGGCGGGGGCGUACAGCGGCAGGCAGUCCGCCGAAGCAGGCGCUCAGAUCCUCAGGCUGAACAACGAGAUAAACGGCGACAGCUUCUCGUACGACUUCGAGACCUCGAACGGGAUCCGCGCCGACGCCUCCGGCGUGGCCACUAACGGCGUCCAGUCCCAGGGCAGCUUCGCCUACAAGGGUGACGACGGCCAGGACUACAGCAUCACUUACACCGCCGACGAGAACGGCUUCCAGCCGCGUGGCGCCCACCUCCCCACCCCGCCGCCGAUCCCCGAAGCCAUCUUGAAGUCUCUGGAGCAGAACGCCCGCGACGAGGCCGCUGGUAUUGUUGACGACGGUACGUACCGCGGUGAAGGCGCCGGUGCUGGAUCCAGUUCUGGUUACUCCUCCGGUCCCUCUGGUCAAUACGGUGCUCCCUCCGGAUUCGGCGCUGGCUCCCGUGGAUCCGGUGCCGGCGGUGCCGGUUUCGGCGCUGGCGGUUCCGGUUUCGGUGCUAGCGGCUCCGGUUUUGGCGCUGGCGGUUCCGGUUUCGGCGCUGGCGGUUCCGGUUUCGGCGCCGGCAGUUCCGGUUUUGGCGCUGGCGGUUCCGGUUUCGGCUCCAGGAAUAACGGGUUCGGUGCUGGCGCUGCCUCCCGCCAAUACCUAGCGCCUAAUGCUGGCCCUAGGGGUUCCGGCAACGGCAACUUCAACUCUCAAACCGGAUACCGUUAU